AUGUAUACAGCGGCUCGCGGUCCGGAUCUGAAUGAUCUGAUGUUUUGCGAGGAUCGGGGGCUCUCUCGAGGCAGCGGUAACUCGCCAGAGACCAUGUUUCCGCUCUGCGUCGGCCGGCAGGAAAACACGGAUUUGACGGUGAUGGGCUGGAACAACGUGAAUGUUGAGAUAAAACUCGACAGCGUGGAGGUAGCCCGAAGGCGGCUUCCGGGAGGCAACACUCCUGACUGGUACGUUUGGUGCUAUUCUGCCAGUGGGUGUUCUAGCAAUCGCUGUGUGAUGCCACCGACAUGGCAGGGUCUCAAAAUCCAACAGACCAAGAGCGAUUCGCCUUACAUCACCGACGUAGAGCAAAAGUCAUCUUCCGUUGCGGGCGAAAAAGUGAGCGUCGGUGUAAAAGUCGACAACAUCAAUGGUGACAUCGCAGCUGCAGCAAGACUCAAAAUCGUGGACCCGCAGGAAGACUCGAAGUUUGUUGACCGGGUCAGCUCUAGCGUGCAGUUGGCAGAAUUAUUCGGGAUCGCACGACGCAAAGCGUCCAGCCGCGGAAGAGAUCUACAGACUGCAGGUUCAGUUUCCAGUGGUGCAUCAAGAGCCCUUGUUUCUAGUUCAUCGUCAAAGCCUAGCGAAAGUCUUCAUAGAGAGGAAUUGCCACUACAGGAACAUACGCAACGUCGUAGAAGGAUGACGACGGGAAAUGUUACGUUCACUCCGUGCAACAAAUUUCAAUUGACGGUUGGAGUAAAGGCUGGUCUUCAAUGUGGCACUCGGGGAACGUCAAAAUGCGAGCCAGCAGGUGUUCACGAUGUUGUCUCGGGAACCAUAGAGUGGCCCAAUAUCGAAAUAACGCAAGCAGGGAUGUUUGACAUGUGUUACUGCGACAGACAUCGCGACAACACGUGCCUAAACUGGGUGACCGUAGGCGAGCUCAAGGUAUUUGAUGUUUUUGACAUUUUCCCGAUGUAGAACUUAUUAGCGAGAGAAAAAACGGAAUACUGUUUCAUGUUGUAGAGGGUUGCAAAUUUCAAACUGAUUUGCUUGUGCGGUUUCUUCACAGACAAUCUAUGAAUUUGCACGUACAGGUUGACGGUCCACUACCGAAUCCGCCGACGCAGUGGGCCAAUCCCGGUGUAACGUCCAAAUUUGAUAUUCAUGGUAUCGAGCUGUCAUCGAGGGAUCGGAUACAUAUCAUAGGGAGCACUUUUUCCUGCGGAAACCCAACAAAUGCGAAUAGUGCCGCUCUCAAUGAAGCAACGGCUAACAGCACACUGCGCAGGCACUUGCAGGCUCAGGCCGACAAGGAGGCAAGAGGUGUUGUGCACGCAAUUAGCACUGUGGCAGCGGCGGCAGCGACGCCAUCGUCAUUUGCGAAGAAGAGCGGCGGAGGGAUUCGGAAAGCGAAUGCAGAGGGCGCAAUAGCAAGCGAAGUAAGUGCAGAGCGGCGGGGGCUCGGCUUAAUAUGGACCUCUUCGGUGCCGAUUAAGCAAAACUCGUCGUAUCUGCAAUAUGAAGUGACCCUUCCAACCGAGGCGCGGUAUAAGAUGUGCUACUGCCCCGGCAGCUUGAAGAGUUGCAGCUCACAUAGUGACUUCGGAGUUUUUGCAGGCUAUUUAGAGGUGGCCCAGCGUGUCGACUGCGAGUUGAGCGAUUUCUGGAUCGUGGAGGCAUGCGACAAACCGUGCGGCGGCGGCACGAAGAAGAAGAGGAGGCGCGUAGUUCAGCAGCCACGUGGCGGUGGUACUGCUUGUCCAAGCAACGCAGAGGUCUUGAUCAGUGAGAUCUGUAACAGCGACCCAUGUCCUCUGCUGCGUGUUUCCCAGAUGUCGGCAAUCAUUGGCGGCAACGUGAUAGGGUCACCGGAUGUACCAGCGGGCGCGAGCGGACAGGCAGUAGUCUCGCCAGGCACGCGCGUUUACAUGAACGAGGUGUUUCAGUUGAAAUUGCGAGGCGAAUUCCUUGAACCCGAGGCCGACCGCGUGCUCUUCAUCGACGCCGGCGCCAGUUGCGGAUCCACGCAGCAACUGGAUCCCCGAAAUCUGGGUGGCGCGACGUGCGACUUCGUCGGAUCCACGAUGGAGCAGAUGGUGUGCGGUGACGGACAGAACAGUAUCCGGUUAGAGUCCGCGGGUCGAGCGCGCGUGUGCAUUUGUGAUGCCUCUGCGGCAAUGAUGCGGAAUGCUGAUGGCAGUGGGUUCAUGAUAGCCGGCGCACUCGAGAUGGAAGGCACCUUUGGGGCAGGCUGCGACGAUCCACGCUACUACCUGCUCGGGGGUCAGGUGAUAGAUGUGAUCAACCGAGGCGCCUACACAGAGGAGGGAGUUCUCGUCGGCGGAAUGGCGCCGGGUCUUUUCGCUUUCCUGAUGGUUUUGCUGUCUCUCUUCGUGUUGACCCCCAUGGGCUACUUCAGCUGGAAGAAGUACAAAAAUCAGAUAGAAGCGAAGUACGUAAAGCAUGUGGACCCAUUCAUGCCUUUUAACAGCAAGCCAGAAGACGCAGCUAUGGGAGGACAGCCUGGUCCAAUAACAGGAACUGCUCCAGAGAAGAAGCCUGGACUGAUAGCGAGAGCAAAGGUACUCUAAUUUGAUGAGGUACAAGAAUGUUGGUUCCAAAAGCUUGAGUUCCAUCUUUCUCUGUCAACGCGUACAACUGUAGUUAUUUCGACUUUCGUUGCUUCACCUAUUAUCCAUCGCAUUUUCCUAAGAAGCAAUCCGUUUCUCAUUUCGUCAAAUAUCCAACGUACAUAUCCAACAGAACCUCCUCGGCCUUACGGACGGAAAGGACGAGCUUUCAGCUGAUGAUGAGCACCAAGCGAUGCUCCUAGCGUGGGAUGAGUAUUAUCAGAGUCUCGGAUAUCCGCCAGGAACGGCUUUCUCGGUCCUCGGGCCGCAGCUGAACGGCACAGGACCUAGUCCACAACAAGCGGCGCUCGCAAAUGCAGCUUACGAUCCUAACGAUAUCUUCGGAGGCUAUGGGCCAACACCAUAUGCGCAACAAGAGUACUUCAUCUAAGAAUUAAUUCGUGACCAUGAAGAUGAGAGAUGCAGCUGCUUUUUGAAUUGUAGGUAGAAUUUAGUAUGAAGAGGUAAAUCAGGAACAACGAUCAGUGUCAUAUUGUCCAUAUUUUUUUCGAUUUGAAUAUUCGGAUUCCCAACGUCGACACCACGUUGCUUUCCUUACACAGGGCAAGUAUUCCGCCACAACCGCCGCAGCCGGCUCUCUUGGCCCUAGGAUACGACGGCUAUGGUGGAAAUAGUCACAUGUCCGAAUUUCUGGAGCAAAGUUUUACCAACAGUCUUCCUGGUGCGCCCAAUAAGAGCCCGUCGAAUCAAGGGGACGCGGCAAAAAGUCGGAUCAGUCCACUGUCGACGUUUGUGGACAAGGUACGACGUGCGAGUGUGCAGAUGGCACAACAGCAGGACGGCGGCCUUGCUUCGCCCAUGUCUUCACAACCGGUGACCCCACGUGUACCCGGAAAGGCGGAGGACCCGGACGAUGUUUUCGGAAAGGUAGCCUCCAAAAGCAGCCUCGAGGAGACCGACAAGCACGGCGAGAAGCCAGGUAGCACAGGCAGCACGUCUACUGUGGCCACGCAGUCAGUGCUGCCACCUGUGAUGCCGAAAGUGAUGUCGAGGCCGCCGCCGGUGCUGCCAGUGAUCGGAGCUGCAAAACCUCCACCGCCACCACACUCCCCAGACGAGGGAGCAGGCACGAAAAAACCGGGCGCAGACGACGAGCUGAGCACCGGUAGUUUCUUGUCGGCGAGCAAUAGUCCAGUCUCGAAGAGGACGUCCCCUGGAAGCAAAAAGUCGUCGCCUGGUCACAAAGGUGCAGCCGUUGGAGGAAUGCGGCUGGCGCUCGAUGGAAUCGACAAUAGACCUAUAGACGAGGAGCGGGACGAGUCACAGUUGUCACCGAAGAGCGCGCGCCUGCGCAGCGAAAGAAAAAUGCUAGACAGCACGCAAGAGAUGAUCAAGGAGCAGCUGUCUGCGGAGCAAGCGAAGCUGGAGGAGGAGCACAAAACGCGAGAGGAGGCCAUCCGUUCGAAGCUCACAAACUUGAAGCAGAAGCGGGCAGACAGAAUAGCUGGUGUAAGUCCGCGGUCGGAGGCGCAGCAGUUGCCGAACACCAACGAGGAGGCCUUGAAAAAGGCACAAGAGGAUGUUAGACGGCAAAAAGAACAAGAGGAAGAGCAGCUCAAAAAGAAGGCCGAAGAGGCGGAGCGGCAAAAGGCGGCGGAAGAGGCUGAAAAACAGCAGCAGAUCGACGCAGAGAAGCUGCGUGCCGAGGAGCAGGCGCGAAAACAAAAAGAGGAAGAGGCCCUCCGAAAACGGAAACUGGAGGAGGAAGAGCAGCAGAGGAGGCAGAAAGAGGAGGCAGACAAGCGUGAGCGGGCACUUGAAGAGGCGGCUCGAAAGAAACGUGAGGAGGAAGCGGCGAAGCGAAAAGCACUAGAGGAGGAGAAGGGCAAACGGGAUGAAGCAGAAGCUGCUCGACGCAACGCAGAGGCGGCAGGGUUAGGUAUUGAAGUGCCCUCUGAUACAAGCGCACCUUCUUCUGUGGCAGAACGUCGGUACGGGAAGAAAAUGGGUGCUAGUCCGCUCCGCGAUGCCAUGUCUCCACCAUUGCCGCCGCCAGCACCUCUGGACGCCUCCAGCACCGCGUUUAGCCCGAAUUCAGUCGCCGCCAGACGAUAUGGUGGGACGAGGCCGCCACCCCCACCGCCUGGCAUUCCUUCACCGAGCAAGGCGUCCCUCGACAACACUAGAAUACACUUGGAGGCGUCCCUCACGGGUAGCGCAGGUAGCCCAGGCCCACCACCUGGCAUCGGAGGAAGCAGCAGCGGACGACCGCCAGGCGGUCCUAGCUUGUUCGACCAGGCGCUUGCAGCGGGGAUGGGCGCGCCGGGAUCGGCGGACUCCCCGUCCAUGCACCCGAACUACAUCAAGAGCGAGUCACCCAGUCCCAUCAAAAAAGGCAAGUUCUCAUUGGGGAAUACCGCACGCACCGGCGCAGGUGGUGCUGGCGCGACAAGUCCUCGGUUCCAGAACCAGGUUUUGGACCGUUCUUCCACUAAUCCUAACCAUCUAAUGGCGCUUAUGGGUGGCGGCGCAAGCCCCGUCCAUGCAAGUUCGACGUCUUUCGGCGCAAGCGGAGGAGUGCCACCGGGGCGCAGCAGCGGAGGGCUGUCGAGUCCUGUAGCACCACCCGGACCACCGUCGGGGCCGCCACUCGCUUUUGGCGGGAAAACGCCACCACCUCCACCUCCAACGGGGUUAGGAGGGCCAAGUAGAUCGCCUCUAGGAGCGUCAAUGGGCGCUCCACCGGGUCCCGGAGGGAUGAGGCCGCCGCCACCACCGCCUCCACCAGGAAUGCGAAGGUGA